CCAAAAUAAUUCAGUCCACUCUUCCUUGCCAUUUCCCACAAAUUUAUUUUGAUAUUCUUCCAUCUAUGUUUGCGUCUUCCGAGUGGAGUGCGCCCUUCAGGUCUUCAAACCAAAAUUUUAUACGUAUUUCUUAUCGUCUAAAACACCGAAGGCAUCAUUUCCUGAGACUGGCUACAGAGCGCUCUGUUUACGAAAAAUGAUAACAAUAUUGGUACUAAGCAAUAAUCUUUGACCAUUUAAGAUAAAAUUAUGAAUAAAAGAAUUUGUAUACUUAUAUAACAAGGCUUAAUAAUAUUAAAUGUGACCACGCAGCAAGUAUGAAAAUCGCGCAUAAAGCAAUGGCGGAUAGGUGGCUCAUGAAGUGUAAAAAAUGGACGAAAGAGGGUACUUGGGAAUGCCUGGAAACACGUGUAGUUGAUUAUAUACCACCUGGUCUGACAGAAUGUAAACAUCAUGGCGGCAAAGAAGUGUGUGAAUGGAGCAGUUAUUUGUAUUUUGAUGAAAUGGAUAUAUAUUGUGUUAUUUAUGUUAAUUUGCAAGAUAACAAAUGGCGAUACUUACCAUACAGUUAACAAGGACUCGUCCGUUGUCAUUGCGUUUCUUGUAAGAAAUAAAGCACACACACUACCAUAUUUUUUGACGUUACUUGAGAGGUUAGACUAUCCGAAAGACCGAAUUUCUUUAUGGGUUCGUAGUGAUCACAAUGAAGAUAGAACUCUGGAAAUCUUGAAGAUAUGGCUCUCAUCUGUUGAGGGUCAGUAUCAUUCUAUAAAUGCAGAGCUUCUGUCUUCACCUCCGGUACGAUUAUCUGAAGAAAAGGGCCCAGCCCAUUGGCCUUCUUCACGUUUCACACAUGUUAUUCAGUUGCGUGAGGAAGCAUUGGCUGGUGCCAGACAAAUGUGGGCUGACUAUAUAUGGUUUCUUGACUGUGAUGUCUUCUUAACAAAUCCCCAAAUUUUAAAGUUGCUCACUUCAAAAGGCCAUACUGUGGUGGCACCAAUGCUUAAGUCUGAUGGAAUGUAUUCUAACUUCUGGUGUGGGAUGACAGAAGAAUAUUACUACCUUCGAACUGAGGAUUACAAGCCCACCUUGCAACGCGAACGUGUCGGUUGUUUCCAUGUUCCGAUGGUUCACUCCUCAGUACUCGUCGAUCUUCGCCGAGCUUCCUCCGACGGCCUUACCUUUGUUUCUAGUAAAGUGCCUGAUUAUAAGGGACCACACGACGACAUUAUCACAUUUGCCCUUGCGGCUAAUAAGUCUGGUGUACCGCUGUAUAUUUGUAAUGAUAAUAUUUAUGGGUUUGUGAUGGUCCCAUUAGAACAAAAUGAUUCAUUACAACUUGACUUCAUGCAACUAACAAACCUGAAACUGGAAGUUUUGGUUGAAAAUCCGCGUCUGCCCGUGAGUGAACUUUUAGCUCAGUUUGUGACGUAUCCAGAACGAGAUACCAUGGGGUUUGACAACAUCUACAUGAUUAAUCUUCUCCGACGACCGGAAAGGAGAAAGAGAAUGCUGCACUGCUUCAAGGAACUUGGUAUCCAUGCAACUAUUCUGAAUGCAGUUGACGGACUAUUGUUGAACGAGAGUUCCUUGCGAGAAUGGGAUAUCCACAUGCUACCCGAAUACACGGAUCCUUAUCACAAAAGGCCGCUGACAAUGGGCGAAAUCGGGUGCUUUCUUAGCCAUUACAACGUCUGGCGUCAGGUUGUUGAACGCGGCUACAACAGAGUCAUGGUCUUGGAGGACGACAUCCGCUUCGAGCCGUUCUUUCGACAAAAGGUGUCCCACGUGAUGGCGGAGAUGCAGCAGCUGGAACUGGACUGGGACCUAGUAUACUUGGGACGCAAGCGGCUACACGAGUCCGAUGAACCGUGGGUCCCCGGGUCACGAUACUUAGUUCGAGCUGGCUACUCGUACUGGACACUGGGGUACCUGCUCAGCCAAUCCGGAGCCCGGAAGCUGCUCGCUGCUAGACCGCUAGAGAACCUGGUGCCUGUGGACGAGUACCUGCCUAUUCUGUUUGACAAACACCCCCAAGACACCUGGAAGGGCUACUACCCCCAGCGGGACCUAGUGGCUCUGUCCGCCUCGCCCCUUCUCCUCUACCCCACCCACUACACUGGGGAGAAGGGUUACGUCAGCGACACUGAGGACUCCACCGUCAUGAAGUCUGCUCGCCCGUCGUCCACAAAGGAAGAUCUGUAACCUCUGGCUUGUUUUAUCAUUGCCCUGAUUGUUUCAGCACUUCAAGGCUGGAUUUGGAAGUUAAUUUCGAUCGUCGCUUUGUUCCGUCGUAAAACAGCACAGAUUGUGAACUAGAAUGGCGUAUGUCGGUCGAUGGGGGUAAUCUUUUGAGUCAAGUAAUCAUUUGCCAUUAAUCGGUUAAAGGAGGUGAAACUUGUAGGAAUUCUUCUGCAAGAUUCACUUCUUUUGAUAAGUGACCAGCCAGGGUUAGCGUAACGUAGCGUAGUGUAACUCUACUUUACGAGAAUUCAAACGUCUCCAGGCAUUUAUAAAGCCCGCCUAUCGCGAAAAUUCUUAUUUCUUGUUCCCUAAACUCUGGAACUGUUUUAUGAAAUCUUCCACUGGUUUAGAUAUAAACCCUUGUUGAGGUUAAAUUUUGGUUUAAGAACUCUUUAGCCCAGUGAUUUUCAAGAAGUAACUUCGUGUUAUUGAGGAUUCUACUUCAGGGAAGUGUGUGCUUUAGUCAGAAAUUGAACAACAUCCACCCUGAAGUGCCCUGGUUUCUGAGCGCCUUGUAGUUCACUUGUUUUUGUUGUUGUCACGUAAACAUAAUGCAUUUUCGUUGCUUGCAUUCAACACGUUGCCUGAUAUUGCAUUUCUGUUCCCCUGCCGGAUUGUCUCCACAGAAUUGUCUCAUUAUUCGCUCAGCGCGUACUUCCUUCACGGUCAAAGGUUAAAGUGAAGACGAGACAGUGUAAGCACGUGUCAGCUUGUCUCCAGCGUGGCUUUGUUUCUCUUCGGUUCCAGUAACAACGUCCGUUCUUUUUAUGUCAGUAUUUCGGAACAUAUUUUGGGCCCCUGUAUUUACGUCAUGCGGGUGUCUUAAGAGUACCCAAGUCACUUGUGGUAUCCAGGGUUCUCACGAGGUGAUCACAGUCUUCGAUAAUCCUUAUUUUAAAGUUGUCUUUCUACCAAUUCAUCAGAAAUUUAUUAUCAAAAUGUGGCACGCUCAAAACCACACAUCAGGGGUCUCCAAAUUCCCGUCAUAUGACGUUUCAGCCCGUGGACCACGGACUUAAGAUGCCGGUUUUUAAAAUGCAAUUUCCCGAGCGUGUCUUGAUUUACGUGACUCGUAGAAACUUUGUGUAGUUUACGUCAGUGGUAUUCAACCUUUUUUUGUUCGCGUACCCCCAGAUAUAAUUUCUCUUCAACUUUGUACCCCCAAAGUUGUUGGUGUAUAAUUUAAGUUAUACAUAGUAUAUAAUCUACAUCUAAAAUAAAUUAAAUAAAUUACAUUACUGAUUAUUCAGUGUUUAUCAUAAAAUAAUAUAUAUUUUUUAAAUUUCACGUACCCCCGGGGGUACGCGUACCCCAGGUUGAAUACCACUGGUUUACGUGACAUUUGCCACAAACUAACUGCAAGCCUUGACUAAUGUUAACUAAUACGAGUUUUUGAUUUCCAAGUGGACUGAUGUUUUGAAUUCCACGCGAUGUUCAGUGUUGCCAGAAGACUUUUUCUUUUGAGCGUGGAGCAAAUGCAUUUUUAUUAUUAUCAUGAAUUGAAUUGAAUUAUUUCUGGACUCUGUAUAUGUUUUGUCCAGAGCCAUGUUAUAUCAGUACUCAAUAACAUAAAAUGUUUAUGUGCCAUAAGUUACGUAAUGUUAAUUGUUGAUAAAGAAUGAUUUAUAGUAUAAUAAUAAAUUGACUAUGUCUCUUUUUCUUAA